AUGAAUUUUCGGGCUCACCUUAGAAAGCAUGCUGUAUUUACAAAUUGUUUGGCCUCGGCAGGUCUAUUUGCAACAGGUGACGCUAUUGCUCAGUAUUUAACAGACGCACAAUCGUACGAUCUCUCCAGAACAGUGCGGGCGGGUGUCUACGGCGGAUGUGUGUUUGGACCGGUUGCUGCAGGUAUUGGGUUUCCGUUGGUGAAUAGCCUGGGCAUGGGCAGACCAUUGUUCCAGCAAGGCGUUAUACGCACUGCCGUUGAUCAGGGAUUUUUCGCACCGCUGGUGUACAUCCCAUUGUAUUUCACGGCGAUGCCACUGCUCGAAGGGCGAUCCUUCACCCAUGCCCGCCAGCACUUGAAAGACCACUGGCUUCAAGUCGUCAAAACGAGCGCGGCUGUAUGGGUGCCGGUUCAACUUUUGAAUUUCGCACUAGUUCCACCGGCUUUCCGUUUGGUUGUCGUCAAUUUGGUUGGCGUUUGCUGGAACGCUUUCCUCGCCCUACAGAACGCAAAGUGA